CAUGAUUGUUGUUGAUAAAAUCACUGAAAUUAGUAGAGUACACUUCCAAUGAGCAAAAUGUGGAAACACAGCAGAAAGUAUUCACUCUUCACCUUCAUACUCCUUAACUUUCUGUUCCAAUUCACUGUAAAAGCAACACCUAAAACCCCAAAUCCAAACCUUAAAUUCCCAUGUAACCCACCUCAAAAUUCCUACCCAUUUUGCAACACCUCCCUUCCAUUCUCAACCAGAUCACAAAACCUACUCUCUCUCCUCACAUUACCAGAAAAAAUCAGUUUCCUCUGCAACAAUUUCAGUGGAAUACCCAGAUUAGGAAUCCCACCGUAUCAAUGGUGGUCUGAAUCUCUCCAUGGAAUUGCCACAAAUGGGCCCGGAAUCAGCUUCGACGGGCCCAUCAAAUCCGCCACUAUGUUCCCACAAGUUCUCAAUUCCGCCGCUUCGUUUAAUCGGAGUUCUUGGUCCGAAACCGCUACUGCGAUCGGUAUUGAAGGGAGGGCAAUGUACAAUUCUGGGCAAGCUGGGUUGACAUUUUGGGCGCCCAAUAUUAACAUUUUUAGGGACCCCAGAUGGGGAAGAGGCCAGGAGACUCCUGGGGAGGACCCACUUGUUGCUUCAGUUUAUGCUGUUGAGUUUGUGAAGGGGUCGCAAGGGGAGUUUUGGGGGGAGGUGAGAGAACAUGGGGAAAAGUUAAAGCAGAGAAUUCUGGAAGAAGAUGGUGGUGGGUUGUUGAUGCUUUCUGCUUGUUGUAAGCAUUUUACUGCUUAUGAUCUGGAGAAGUGGGGGAAUUUCAGCAGAUAUUCUUUCAAUGCUGUGGUUACUGAACAAGAUAUGGAGGACACCUAUCAACCACCAUUCAAGAGCUGUAUCCAACAAGGUAAAGCAAGCUGCUUGAUGUGUUCAUACAAUAGCAUCAACGGGAUACCUGCAUGUGCUAGAGGAGAUCUCUUGCAGAAAGUACGAAGUGACUGGGGAUUUAAGGGGUAUAUUACUUCAGACUGUGAUGCAGUGGCAACAAUAUAUGAAUAUCAACAUUAUGUUAAAACAGCUGCGGAUGCUGUUGCCGAAGCUCUUAAAGCAGGAAUUGAUAUAAACUGUGGAACUUACAUGCUUUAUAAUACUGAAUCUGCAAUUGGAAAAGGAAAGCUUAAGGAGGUAGAUAUAGACCGGGCUCUAAAUAAUUUAUUCAUUGUGCUGUUACGUUUGGGCCUCUUUAAUGGAGAUCCUUUAAAUGGGAUGUUUGGAAGAUUGGGAAGCCAAGAUGUUUGUACAAAUGAGCACAAGAAACUGGCACUAGAAGCAGCAACGCAGAGUAUAGUGCUUCUUAAGAAUAAUGAUAACUUCUUACCUUUAAACAAGGAUCAUGUAUCUUCAUUAGCCACCAUUGGUCCUGGGGCAAAUUCUACAACUCAACUAGAUGGUGGAUAUUCAGGAAUUCCUUGCAAUGCCAAAUCUUAUGUUGAGGGUUUACAAACAUACAUCAAGAAGAUAACUUAUGUUAGCGGAUGCCUGGAUGUGGCUUGUGAGUCCAAUUCAACGUUUAAUGAAGCCCUCCUUGUGGCUGAAAUGUCUGAUUAUGUUAUCUUAAUUGUUGGCUUGGACUUGACCCAAGAAACUGAAGAUAAAGACCGAAUUACUCUUCUUCUUCCUGGCAAACAGAUGGACCUUGUAUCUUUGGUCGCUUCUGUUAGCAGAAAACCAAUAAUAUUAGUCCUCACUGGGGGUGGACCCCUUGAUGUCUCUUUUGCUGAAGCAGAUUCACGAAUUGCUAGCAUUCUUUGGAUUGGGUAUCCUGGUGAAGCCGGGGGUGAAGCACUCGCUGAAGUAAUCUUUGGUGAUUAUAAUCCAGGCGGAAGAUUGCCGAUGACUUGGUAUCCAGAAUCAUUCACCAAAAUACCUAUGAACAACAUGAACAUGCGGCCUGAUCCUUAUCGCCAAUAUCCUGGAAGGACCCAUCGGUUUUAUACAGGAGAUGUUGUGUAUGAGUUUGGUCAUGGUUUAAGCUAUACAAGUUACAUAAACAAGUUUUUGUCAGCACCAAAUAGAUUGAAUUUAAUUACCAAGACUAGUGUUAGCUUGAGAAAACUAUAUGAAACCAAACUUGGGAUUGGCUAUGUGUCUACAGAUGAGCUGUUGUCUUGUGAUACUUUGAGGUUUAAGGUGCAGUUAUCUGUAAUGAAUGUUGGGGAAAUGGAUGGGAGCCAUGUUGUAAUGCUAUAUUCAAAAGCAUCAAGUAAUGUACAAGGAGCUCCAAAAAAACAGCUUGUUGGAUUUAGCCGUGUCCAUACUAGUGCAAACGGAUCAACAGAUACGAGCUUCAUAGUUGAUCCUUGUGAACAUCUCAGCUUUGCAAAUGAACAUGGAAAGAGAAUAUUGGCUCUUGGAGAACAUAUCUUAAUGUCAGGAGAGUCGGAGCACUCAUUGUUCAUUGAUAUAUGAUUCGUAUACUUCAAUUCAUCCAUACGUUGUUCAUGGGGAUGUGUUAGAUCAAUUUGAUCAAAACUCAUAGAUUUGAAGAUUCUACUUUACUUCUUUUUUAUUAUUGUGUUAUCGUUGUUUGCUGUACAAUUUCCCUCAGCUAUCGAGGUUUCUGAUACAGGAAGAAUGGUCAAAAAGAUUGGCAUUUCCCCUCAUUUA